UGAGACCACAUGAAAUGAAUUUAAACAAAAGGCUUUAUUUUAUUGCUGCCGGCUUCGGGCAUUUCCUGCCUCACAUGGAAAUUUCUUGGCUGGUACCAGGAGGCUUCUGGGCUCUCCCUAAACAGCUCGAAUGUCAACCCUCUUGGCUCUACUAAAGCAGAAGUCUCCGAUCUCCAUACAUGUUUUUCAAUGGCUUCAACCAGCGCAGGAGAUGCCUAUUCUUAUCAAGUGUUCCUGAGCUUUAGAGGGGCCGACACCAGAAAGAAUUUUACCGAUCAUCUCUAUACAGCUUUAGUUGCCAAUGGAAUUCGCACCUUCAGGGAUAAUGAAGGAGUGGAGAAAGGAGGAGAGAUUAAACUGCAUCUCAUCAAAGCUAUUGAAUUGUCAAGGAUUUCCGUUAUCGUUCUCUCUAAAAAUUAUGCUCAUUCUAAAUGGUGUCUUGAGGAACUCUUGAAGAUCGUUGAGUGUUUAAGAGAAAGGGGACAGAUAGUUUUGCCGGUUUUCUAUCAUGUGGAUCCCUCCCAAAUUCGGAAUCAAACAGGGGUUUAUAGUGAAGUAUUUGCCGAUUAUGAGAGAAAUGCAGAUCAAACCAAGAAGGAAAUGAUACAAAAAUGGAGAAGCGCACUAAGAGAAGUAGCCAAUCUGGCCGGAUACGAGCUACAAACUGAGUACGAGUCUGAGAUUGUUACAAGAAUUGUUCAAGAUAUUUUGAGUAAAUUGAUGUACGAGCACUUACAUGUUGAUGAGAAGCUAGUCGGAAUGGAUUUUCGAUUGAAGAGAUUAAAUUCAUUGAUAAGUGUGGAUUCAAAAGAUGUUCGCAUGGUAGGAAUUUAUGGAAUUGGUGGCAUAGGGAAGACAACCAUUACUAAAGUUUUUUAUAAUCAAAACUCUCAUCAAUUUCAAAGUAGCAGCUUUCUUGCAAAUAUUAGAGAGAUUUUCAAAGAAAAUCGUGGUCUACUUCGUUUACAAAAGAAACUUCUUCGUGAUGCUCAAGUAUUGGGAGUAAAUGAAAAAUUAACAACUUUUGAUGAAGGAAUCAAUAUGAUCAAAAGUAGACUUUGCCAUAAAAAGGUACUUGUUGUUCUUGAUGAUGCUGAUCAUUGGUCUCAAUUAAAAUCCUUAGUUGGAAAACGUGACUGGUUUGGUGAAGGAAGUAAAAUCAUCAUAACCACUAGGAACAAACAUCUAUUAAUUGAGCAUGAAAUGGAUGAAUUGUAUGAACCGCCAAUGUUAAAUACAAAUGAAGCUCUUGACCUCUUUUCUGAAUACGCCUUCAGAAGAAAUCAUCGCCAUGAUGAUUACCCAUCUCUUUCUAAUCGUAUAAUAUAUUAUUGCCAAGGUCUGCCAUUUGCUCUUAAAGUUUUAGGUUCUUCUCUAUUUAGCAAGACACACGGUCAAUGGAAAAGUGAAUUAGAUAAACUUGCUCUAGAACCUAACAUGGACAUUAUAAAUGUACUCAGAAUAAGCUAUGAGGGACUAAGUAACACACAGAAGAACAUAUUUCUCGAUAUUGCAUGCUUCUUUAAAGGGGAGUACAAGGAUUUUGUGAUAAAAAUAUUGGAUGGUUGUGGCUUCUUUGCAGAGAGUGGAAUAGGAGUUCUUAAUGAUAGGUGUCUUGUCACUAUUUUAGAUAGAAAGUUAUGGAUGCAUGAUUUGAUACAACAAUUGGGUUGGGAAAUUGUUCGAGAACAAGGUUAUACCAACAUUGGCAGACGUAGCCGGUUAUGGAACUUUGUGGAUGUUCAACACAUGUUAAUAAAGAAGACGGGAACAAAUGCAAUUGAAGGCAUAUUUCUAGACUUGCCUAAAUCAUGUCAAAUCAAUUUUACAACUGAAGCCUUGGCAAUGAUGACUGAACUCAGAUUACUCAAAAUUAAAAGUACUUCUGAUUACUUUGGUCACGUAAAUCUUCCCCGAGACUUUGAAUUUCCUUCUUACGAGUUAAGAUAUCUCUACUGGGAGGGAUAUCCAUUAGAAUCUUUGCCAUCAAAAUUUCAGGGGACACACCUGAUUGAACUCAGCAUGCAUUAUAGCCUUGUAAAAGAACUCUGGAGAGGGGAUGAGCUUCUUUUUCCGAAUUUAACAGUCAUCGAACUCAAUCAGUCAAAAGGACUCAUACGAACUCCAAACUUUUUGAGCACACCAAAUUUGGAGAGACUAAUUCUUCAAGGUUGUACAAGUUUGCUUGAGGUUCACCCGUCCAUUGGAGAUUUGGAGAAGCUUCAUUUGUUGGAUUUAAAAGACUGCAAAAGUCUUGAGAGUGUUCCAGACGGCAUUUGCAAACUGAAAUCUCUUGAAACUCUUAGUCUUUCUGGUUGUUCUCAAGUCAUGAGAUUGCCGAAGCACUUCGGUCCCUUAAAAAAUCUUAAAGUAUUGUCACUACAUGGCUGUUACAAUUGCGAGGAAUUGCCUUCUUUAUUAGGUUUAUGUUCCUUAAAUGAAUUAGAACUGAGUCAUUGCUUUCUUCGGAAUGAUGCAAUCCCAGUUGAUUUUUGGUGCUUAUCCUCAUUGCAAAAGUUAAAUCUAAGUGGAAAUAAUUUUACUGUCAUACCAGAAGGCAUCACUCAACUUUCAAAGCUAAGAGUCCUUCAAUUAGGACAUUGCUAUAUGCUUCAAGAAAUGCCACAACUUCCAUCAAGUAUUCAAGAAGUAGAUGCAAACAGUUGCAUGUCCCUCAGAAAUUUAUCAACUCCAUCAAGGUUUGCUAGGGAAGCUAUAUCGCCAACAAAAACACUCAUGGAAACUAUAUUAGAGAGGAUUCAGUACUUUGUCCCAGACAACGAAUUCUGUAUCCUACUUCCAGGAAAGGAAGUUCCGAACUGGUUCAAUCAUCAGGCUAUUGGAUCUUCAAUAACAAUAGAGUUGUCUCCGGAUUGGUACUACAGUAACUUCUUGGGAUUUGCUGUCUGCUUUGUUUUUACAGGAAAGCCUGCAACACAUUCUGAAAUAUCAUGUCAGUCAAAUAAUUUUUCAUUUUUCUACUCCUAUCCGGACCCCCAGACUGCGUUUAGUUCAUACCAUGUGUGGUUGGCGUAUCAGCCUCGCUCUAGAGUUGAUAUUUGUCAUCCUGAUGAAUGGACUGACAUUAAGGCUUCAUUUGAAAUCAAUGGUGUUCCGGAUCUGAUCCAAAAGUGUGGGAUUUGUCCUAUAUACGCUCAUGAUCACAAAAAAGACAGUGAUGAUACAGAAUAUCCCGUAAAAGUGGAACUGGUGUCUCAUACUCUACCAAGCUCCCAUCAAUGGACCGAUGAUUCAACUCAAGGGAAAACGCCUUGAGGAACCACAAUAUCAAUAUGCUCCUUGAAGGAUGGAUCUCUAUGUUUUCCCUCCCAAUUGGUUCUAUGGGGCUCACUCAGAAGCAGAUGGUCUUUACUUGACUAGCUCACAGCUUCCCCUGCCCUGACUCCAACGGAUUGAGAUGAAACUACUUCUUCUGCCCAUAAGGAGACCCCGUAGUAAGCAACCUUUGCAUAGAGGGCGAAGUUUUUGAAACUUAACAACAUAUGGGGCAACUCAUAUGAUGCGUACAGAUGCGGUUGACAGCCAUGAGAGUAAGGGGUCCUAAGCAGACAAUAUGCAUAGUCUGCGUUUAUAUCGUACCUUGUGUGGCUGGCAUAUCAGACUCGCUCUAGAGUUGAUAUUUGCCAUCCUGAUGAAUGGAAUUUGUCCGGGUCUGAUCCAAAACUGUGGGAUUUGUCCUGUUGACGCUCAUGAUCAUAAAGAAAGGCAGUGAUGAGAAAGAAUGUCUGGUGAAACCUGAGCUGGUGUCUAAUACUCUACCAAGCUCCCAUUAAUGGACCUAUGAUUCAACAACCCAAGAGCAAACGCCUUGAGGAACCAAAAUAUCAAUAGGCUCCCCAAGGAUGAACCUCUAUGUUUUCCAUCCCAAUUCGGGAGAAGUUUUUUUGAAACUUGUAAGAGGCAAGUCGUGAUAUGCAUAGAUAUGGUUUACAGCCAUGAGAGAAAGUCGUGGUAAGCAGAAAAUGUAAAUAGGUAAUAUCAAACACAGUAAAAUUUUGUUCCUUAUUUAGUAGCAUUGUUGUAGUAUGUGGCUCAUAUUGAGGGAAAGACAUAUAUAGAGAAAAAUGGGCAAAUGUCGGAGUGGAGUGAAGCGAACGACAUCAUUUGGCAUUUAAACUUGUAUUUUUAUUGUUAAGGGUGAACGAUAGGUUGGGAGGUGCGAGGGGCAACGACCCUCACGGUACAGUUCAGGGGUAUUUUUGGAAUUUCAUUACUUAAGGGUUAGUAUAAAUACCCUUUUAUGUAGCCCUAAUUUGACAUAUAGUGAAAGUCUUCUUCCCUGUUCCCGUGGA